AGAGAGAGGCUACAGGGGCUGCUGGAGUGUGUUUGCUGUGGGUGUUUGCUGUGUGUCCCUGCAGCUCCACAGCUCUACACUGAAAACGCACACAUAGGAGACACAGGAGGACUGACUGAAGCCUGAGCCUCCAUUAUUAUUAUCAUCAGGAUGAUAAGAGCAGCAGCAGCAGGUCCAGCCCUGCACUGAGCAGCAGAUUCACCCCUAAACACCAUGAGGAACCUCCAGCAGAAGCUGCCUGAGGUGUGAACAUCACGACAUGCCAUCUGAGCAUCUCCGGGCUGGGCUGUGUUUCUUCCUGCUUGCCGGGUGAAGGAAGGAGCUGAGGGGGCAGUAGAUAGACAGAUAAAUAAACAGACAGACAGAUAGAUAGAUAGAGAAAGGGUAGAGAGAGAGAGAGAGAUAGAUGCAGUGCUGGAUGGUAAAGAGCGGUUUUAGCUCCAGCUGCGCGGUUCCUCGCUCUUAAUUCGGCGGUAUCGUUGCUCGGUGGAUGCGCGGCGGGCGCUGCGGUGGUCGUGCCGAGGCCUGAGGGAGCGGGAGCCGGGUAGGAGCGCAGUAAUGGCGGGUCCGGAGGAGCAGCAGCAGCAGCAGAGAGUGGAGGAGGAGAAGGCGGAUCAGAUAGAGGAUGCAGAGCUCGCCUUUCAGGGCAUCAACAUGCUGCUCAACAACGGCUUCAAGGAGAGCGACGAGCUCUUCAGGAGAUACAGGACCCAAAGUCCACUGAUGAGCUUUGGAGCCAGUUUUGUUUCCUUCUUGAAUGCCAUGAUGACGUUUGAGGAGGAGAAGAUGCAGAUGGCUUGUGAUGACCUGCGAACCACAGAGAAGCUGUGCGAGAGUGAUAACGUUGGCGUCAUCGAGACCAUCCGUAAAAAGAUUAAGAACAGUAUGGACUCUCAGAGGUCGGGGAUGGCGGUAGUGGACCGGCUCCAAAGGCAGAUCAUUGUGGCUGACUGCCAGGUCUACCUCGCUGUACUCUCCUUCGUCAAACAGGAACUAUCAGCUUACAUUAAAGGAGGCUGGAUCCUCCGCAAGGCUUGGAAGAUGUACAACAAAUGCUACAGCGACAUCAGCCAUCUUCAGGAAGUCUGCCGUCGACGCUCCUCCAGCCAGCAGGGGGACCUUUCCCCUGAUCAGGCCAACCACAACACCCCUGAGGCGGAAAGUAGCGGAGGGGUAACGGAGGAGGCCCUGGGUCGCCUGAAGGGGUCAGUCAGCUUCGGCUAUGGCCUCUUCCACCUCUGUAUCUCUAUGGUGCCUCCACACCUGCUGAAGAUUGUCAACCUGCUGGGAUUCCCCGGAGACCGUCACCAAGGCCUGGCUUCUCUGGCCUACGCCAGCGAGAGCAAAGACAUGAAGGCACCUCUGGCUACGCUGGCCCUCCUGUGGUACCACACUGUAGUCCAGCCAUUCUUCGCCCUGGAUGGCUCUGACUCCAGGGCUGGGCUUUUGGAAGCCAAGGCCAUCCUGCAGAAGAAAGCAGUGAUCUACCCCAACUCAUCUCUCUUUAUCUUCUUCAGAGGACGUGUGCAGAGGUUAGAGUGCCAGAUCAACAGUGCACUGACAUCCUUCAAUGAUGCUCUGGAGUUUGCCUCAGACCAAAGAGAGAUUCAACACGUGUGUCUAUAUGAGAUCGGUUGGUGCAGCAUGAUUGAGAUGAAUUUUGAAGAUGCAUACAAGGCUUUUGAAAGGCUGAAGAAUGAGUCCAGAUGGUCACAGUGUUACUAUGCUUACCUAACUGGAAUAUGUCAGGGUGCAUCUGGAGACCUAGAGGGGGCGAAAGGAAUUUUCAGAGAUGUUCAUAAGCUCUUCAAACGCAAGAACAAUCAGAUCGAGCAGUUUGCCUUCAAGAGGGCUGAGCGGCUGAGGAAGAUAUCUGCCUCACAGGAGCUUUGUAUUCUGGGAGUUGUGGAGGUGCUGUACCUGUGGAAGGCCCUUCAGAACUGCUCGUCCUCCAAACUCCAACUUAUGAGCCAAGUGCUGCAGGGUCUGGAUGACCCGUCUUGCCAGGGCUUAAAACACCUGCUUCUCGGUGCUAUUCAGAAAUGUCUUGGAAACAUUAAGGAUGCCGUUCAGUCUUGUCAGAUGGCAGUCAGGGAUGAACUGGGCCGACAGACCAACUCGUACGUGCAGCCGUAUUCCUGCUAUGAGCUGGGAUGUGUGUUAUUGGCAAAACCUGAGACUGUGAGUAAAGGGAGAUCAUUACUGCUUCAGGCAAAGGAGAACUAUGCAGGAUACGACUUUGAGAACAGACUGCAUGUGCGAAUCCACGCAGCCCUGGCCUCCCUGAAGGACGUGGUCCCCCAGUAACCCUGCCGAGCCCAGGACACGCAUUGUAAAGUGACCACUCCUGUCUAGCACUUUUAAAGAUGCAAGCCAUUGGAAACAACAGUGUAUUUCUCUCACUUGGUUCUUCAUGUUUGGAUGAACAAAAAGAAGGACACUUCAGUUUUGAAGAACUGACGUUGAAACCCUGUAGUGUUUAUUUUCGUCAUUGCUCAUUGCUCAGAGUGACUCACAUAACAGUAGCUGUUAAGUUGUUUAGUAUUCGUCAUUACGUGGUAGACUGUGCCUAAAGAUGUAGAAAAAUUUUGGUUAAUUUUGAACAAGUUCUGUUUUGAGAUGAAUUAAACCCAUCAGCACGCCCAUUAACGUUUUCAUUAUCUUAUCUUAACAGCUUUAAAUCCCAUAUUUAAAUAUAACACACUGUUGGAAAGAGUCAGAAAGAUUAGUUUGGUCAGUCUUCAAUUAUCACAAAGCUUCUCAGAAUAGGAGUUCUUUAUUAGGUUCUGGUGUUUUCUGUAAAAUCAGUGCAGAGAAUCUGAGAUCAGAAGAAAAGUAAAGGAUUUACUUCCUAGAUCUGCACUGCUGAUACAAGAGGCUUCAUUGAUACAGAAUUCUUUAAAAAUGAGAAAGAUACCAAGUGUCCACACAGGAUCUGACUAACUAAUAAGAAAUCCUACUCAAAAUAACUGUAUUUCUACAGAAAAAGGCACAUUUCUUUCUCUGAAUUCUCAGUAUUCUGUUCCACCCAUGACUGGUUUAUCAUCAUCAAUCAAACAGCAGAUCAAUAGCCCUGAUCUCUGAUCUAAAACCACCUUUAAGACAGUUGUUUUAUCAAUUGGACCAUCUGAAAGGUCAGGGCAGGCUGGACACUUGCUUACAGUGUUUAUGGCUUGAUAUGUCGUAAUUUAUUUAGAAAAAUAAAACACUUUUCAUCACUUUUUCGCAAUUUGGCUUUAACCAUGUAUGACUUUGCACCUUGUAUUAGUGUAAAAAGCUUUUUGCGAUAUUUGGGUCUUUUUUCUAAUUUUAGACUUUUUCUAAUUUUGCCAAAAUUGAAUGGCUGGAAAACCCUUAAAAAAAUGGAGAAAACCCAGGCAACACUUAACUGUUCUAAAAUUGUGUUCUAUUCUAUCCUCUAGCAUAGCAUCAAUUAGCAUUAGCAUCAAUUAAGAUUAGUCUACUGGUUUAAAAAGAUGUAUAAAGUGUUGUCUAAUCACUUACUUGCACUGUUCCGAAGCUGGCGGUCUGACACUACCUCAGUUAUGGCAGUGUAGAUGAGGGUGAAUGUGAUUCUGAUUUUUUUUGGGGGGAUAGUGAUUAUUUUGCCUUGUUUAGCAAUACUAGCAGCACUGAUAUAAUUACAAGUAAACAAGAAAAUCAGAUUGCUUGACUUAAGAUGUGACCUUUAUAAUGAACCCGAUAUCUUAUUCAGACUAUUGGCCAUUUUUGAAUUAUUCUGCAUGGAAUCACAGCUUUAAAACUUAGCACUAUUUUCUGGAGACUCCACUGCAGGUAAAACACAUCACACCGAUGGUUCUUUAAGUCAAGUAUGUUGUGAGGUGGGGCCUUCAUGAGCAUCAGUGACCCUGUCAGCAGUUUAGCUAGUAUCAUUUAUAUAAGGCGCAUCAAAUUAUAAAGCUUACUGUCAAUGAACGUCUAUUUUCAUACAUAAGGCGCACCUGAUUAUAAGGCGCAUUAUAAGACACUAGUAAGGAACAGGGGUGACGCCAUGUUGUCUUCUAAUUCAGCGGGUCCUGCUGCUGGGUGAUGAGACCUGUAAAGCUAAGAUAAGUAAACAAAAUUCUUAAAAAAAUAAAAAAUUAAAUAUACACAGAUUUCUCUCCUGAAAACUGUUUAUUUGGGUGAGUAAAGCACUUACGUUUAUUUACAGUAAGCUUAGAUGUCCAGAUUUCCACUAAGGCUGGGUGGAGCAGCAUUAGCAUAAGUGGCUAACCAGUGCGGUUAGUGCUAGUUAAUGCCGCCUGACAGCGCUACACUGAGGAAGCAUAAGUGUUCCGGUAAGUCAGGGUGCUAUCAGCUAACGGUUUGUCCCACGUAGCUUGUUUAAACACGGUAGCUACAGCACGCAGGCUACAGUCCGAUAUACUCGGCUUUGAAUGGCAAAAGCACUUAGUGCAAUUAGCGGCUAAUGCUAAUGCUGCUCCAGCAGUGCUUGCCAGGGUUAGCAGCAGGCUACAGGCCGAUAAUACUGACCUCUGAACGGCAAAAAGUGGCUUUACUCCUCCUUAUAACAUAACUGGUAGAAUUCAUACAUAGGAAAACACCAGAUUAUAAAACGCACUGACGAUUUUUGGGAAAAUUAUGGGAUUUUAAGUGUGCCUUGUAGUGCAAAAAAUACGAUACAUACCAGAAACACCCCACAAGACCUGUUUGAUUUUGAUUGUCUAGACAUCUCUUUGAGAAGAUUCUUACCUUUGUCCUUUUCCUUGCUUCAGCACAUCAACUUUUAAGAACUGACUGUUUACUUGCUGCCUAAUAUAUAUCCUAAUAUAUAGCUAAAUAUAUAUAUUUGGAUAUAUUUGAGUUCUGAAUUAGAGUUAAAGAUAAAAUCUGCUUAAACUUAGAUCUCCAGGUUAAAAAUAUGAUCCCAUUAUCACUUUUUCCAUCUUUUCCAUUCACAACACUAUUCACUUAAACACAAAUAUGUAUAUUUGCUUUUUUAGGCUUUGCAUUUUGACCAUGCCAUUGAAAAUAAAACACACAUGAAGCAGGGUUGAAUUUCAUUGCCCAUGAUAUGCACUUUGAAGUAAGUAAGACUCCCUUUCUCGAUUCACAUUGGUAAAUUAACCCAUUAUAAGACUUUUCAGAUCCUGUGGAAAAUAACUCAGCAUCUCACAGUUCAGUUCAACCGAUUAUUGGUGUAUUCGUUAAACGGUCAAUGCUCAGCCAUUGUAUGAUGUUGUACGAUGAAUAGAAGAUAAUAUUUGCAUUUGCAGCUAACAGUGUGUAUCCUGAGGUCACAGCAGGUCGGUGCUGGCUCAGAUUGUACUGUGAGUGGGUGGUGUUCCUGCCAGUUGUCCCCAGCCAUACUUAACUUAUUAAUACCUGUGUUCUGAAUACCUGUGUACAUUGUGACCAUCUGAUUAGUAACCUGUACAUAUAUACCUUUGAAUCUACCCCAGAAUCUGAGACCCUACGUGUAGGGUCCAGAACUAAGCCAGCUAUUGUGCCACAGGCAUACGUUCCACCUAUGACUCUGCCAUCUUCUCCACCAGUCUUCUAGAUUUACAACAUAUUUCUGAACGCUCUUGUAAAAAUGCUUAUUUUGGAACAUUUUUGCAAAAAUAGAUCCGUUACUGAAAAUGAACAGACUACGAAAAACCCAGCAAUACCAGUUCUGGACCAUAGAUGCAGUAGAAGGCUCAGAUUUUGGGGCUUUGUCCAUGCAGCUACAGUACGAGUUGUCUUCACACUCAGGGGGUUGACAUGGUUGCCAUCAGAUUGAAGGAACUGAUCAGUAUCGCAGGAACUGGCUUUCCUGUCUGUAGUGUUUUCUUCCUCGAACUGGACAAAAUGUAAAAAAUAAAAUUAAAACAAA